CUCGAAACGCAGGUAUCCUUCGAAGGACCGGUCUUCUUACAGUAUGGCAGCACUAAGGAGGAUUGAUUGACAGUGAACUCAGUUUGAGAUGGUAAUGGCGACCUUUUGGCAAAUGGUAUCGCCAUUACCACACCCAGCCCUUCUCCCAAGGAUUCAGCUCUUUCCCUUCACUCGCAAGCACUUUCCCACUGCUCUGUGCGCGGACCACGUUCCUCAAACUCACUACUUUCGACCCACGAAGCUCCUUGAUUUGAGGCUCCACCCGGAGGCAGGAAGAUGUGUUCAAACGAGAGCUCAUGGCCUCCGUGGCCCUCUCAUAUCUUCGGACGACCACUGGGGCACGUGGACUGCCCUCUUUGGCAUCGGAGCCUUUGGCAUUUGGUCGGAGAGAACAAGGAUCUGCAGUGCACUAAGUGGAGCCGUAGUUAGCACAUUGGUGGGUCUGUUGGCAAGUAAUUUAGGAAUAUUGCCUUCUGAAGCUCCAGCAUACUCCAUGGUCAUGGAGUAUUUACUUCCUCUUACUGUUCCGCUGUUGCUGUUUAGAGCUGAUCUCCGUCAUGUCAUACAGUCAACUGGAUUAUUGCUUUUGGUUUUUUUGCUCGGUUCUGUUGGAACCACAUUAGGAACACUGGUGGCUUUUCUUCUUGUACCUAUGCAUUCACUUGGUCAGGAUGGAUGGAAAAUGGCAGCAGCCCUUAUGAGCAGUAAUAUUGGUGGAGCGGUGAACUAUGUUGCUGUAUCCAAGGCACUUAAUAUUUCUUCAUCAGUUUUAGCAGCAGGGCUUGCAGCAGAUAAUGUUACAUGUGCAUUAUAUUUGGCCUCACUUUUUGCUUUAGCUGCAAAAAUACCACCAGAGAUAUCCACGCAAACAAAUGAGAGAAAAAUGAAGAUGGACCAUGAGACAAGUAGCAAAGUUCAUGUUCUGGAUACUGCAACUGCUCUCGCUUUAUCCUUUGCUGUCUGCAAAUUUGGCACAUAUUUCAUGAAAGUAUUUCGUAUACCAGGAGGCAACCUUCCUUCUAUAACAGGAACUAUAAUAAUUCUGGCAACAUUCUUUCCACACCAAUUUAACUCCCUUGCACCCACAGGGGAAGGUAUUGCAUUGAUAUUGAUGCAGCUCUUUUUCACUGUAGUGGGUGCAAGUGGAAGCAUUUGGAAUGUUAUCCAUAACACUCCAAGUAUUCUUCUUUUUGCACUGGUCCAGAUUUCUGUGCAUCUUGCGUUUCUCCUUGGAGUUGGAAGAUUGCUGGGCUUUGACAGAAAGUUGUUACUCUUGGCUUCAAAUGCAAAUAUUGGUGGUCCAACAACAGCGUGUGGAAUGGCAACAGCAAAGGAAUGGGGCACACUGAUAGUACCGGCUGCACUUGCAGGCAUUUUCGGAAUAUCUAUUGCAACUUUUCUUGGAAUUGGUUUUGGGUUGUUGAUAUUGAAACCCUUGGCAUAAUCAUUCACAUGCAUAAGAAAUGCUCCCACCUAUUAGCAUGAUGAACUGAACUGCUCCACCCAUCUGAGACUUUGCCUUGAUUGGGCUAAUAUUCUGUCUUGCCAUUUUCA